AGCGACUGAAUAUCUCCAGAGAGCUGUUGACAAUGCGCGCGCACAAGAUGUUCUGACCGGCUCUCUUCUAGGCGACGUAAGUUUGUGCCUGUUUUGUUUGAGACAGCAUUGAUAUCAACAAUUUUUACAGGCCGCAGAAGCAUUCAUGAGUCUUGGGAACGUUUCUUCGCCUCGAUCGAACGAAACGUAUUUCAGACAAGCACUCGAGUACCUCCGAGCAGCGAAGAAUAUAGAGGAUUUCCGGCUCCCGAGCCCCCUCGAACAAUAUCUCGAGGAUUAUGGAGUCGUCUUGGAAGGAUAGAUCGCUUCAGUUUUGCAUUUCCAGUUUCGCUAUUCAAAACUUGUUGCUAGUACUAUACCCUGGUCUGGAAUCUUUGGUUGGAAUAUGCAAAGUGUCUGCAUGGCUACGGAGUAUAUUGAUCGCAAUUAGAACUUCAUGUUGUCAUCGAGAUAAAACACGAAGUUGCCUAGUAAAUUAUUGCCCCU